AUGCCAGUCAAAGACGCGCCGACGACUGAGAGCAGCAGCUCAACGACCCCAGCAACCGCAGAAAAGGGAAGGGACAAAUGGGAUAUCUCGCGCAUCACACGGCACUGGGAGAUCGAUCCCGAGUUGCGUCGCAGUUUGCCUUCGCUUGCACGCACCAAACGCAGUGAGCAUGAGUCGGCUGGCAACAAGUUCUUGAGACUCAGUAAGCUGCCACUACCCGUGUCACCUGCAUCUGAUUCUGCUUUGCUGGAUCUAGCUCGAGGUGGUCGCAGUGUGUCCCAGCGAGCGCUCACAGUCACCGCAGAGACCAAGGCGAAAUACUUCGGUAAGGCUGCAAAAUCCGAAUGUUACACAAUCUUCCGCCAACUCGCAGCACAAAAGUAUCUACCACUCGAACCACUCAGCGAGUUUCUCGCAGACCAGGAAAAGAACCGACAACAGCGUGACGAAGACAGCAAUCCUACCGCUCCUGUAGUGCCAUUUCUCUCUACUGAGUCUGUCAGCCGUAGUAUCAACAAACAUGGAGGCUCCAGCAAAUUCCAUCUGGGUGCUUCGACGCGUUCCCGUCAACGAAAUAGCAGUAUAUUAAGCGCUGACCCCUUCACUGCACGUCACAAAUUCUCAUCGCUCUGCCUCGAACGUGAUCUGCCUCCGUGCAUUCGCCUCAUUGUACGUCAGUAUUUCUCGCCCGAGAUCAACGUCUCUCACAUGGCCAUUGGCGACGACCUCGCGUGUGUAUUUGCAGCCUGUUUGCUUGAUUUACCAAUGGUAACAGGUCUUAAUGCACGCAACAAUCGUCUUCGUGAUCGAGGGCUACAAGCUCUCGUCGAUGUGGUUGUAACCAAGGCAGAUCUGUAUCAUCUAGAUUUAUCGGAGAAUAAAGUGGAUCACCAUGCUGCACAAGCGCUUGCCUCGUAUUUAAGCUCAGCGUCCUGCAGUCUACAAACGCUACGGCUCGCCAGUGCCGACGUAGACGACGACGAGCUCGUUCCUUUUGCUCGCGCGUUACAUUCCAACAAAUCCCUUCAAAUUCUCGAUGUGUCAAGGAAUUCCGUGGGUAGUAGUGAACAUCUUAACGUUGUUCGACCCUCAGUCACUACCGGUGGUGAAGCGCUAGCGACUAUGAUCAGUAUCAACAGUACUCUUACGUCGCUGGAUUUGUCGUGGAAUUAUCUGCGACUUGCAGGCGCCAUAGAGAUCGGAAAAGCUCUAGCCUACAACUCUGGACUUCGUGAGUUAAAUCUAGCCUACAACGCGUUUGGGAAUGCCGGUGCCCAAGCUGUAGGCGACGCGCUGCUCUCGAACUCUACACUGCAACGUUUAAACAUGAACCACAACAACAUCCCAGCACAAGGAGCACUAGCAAUCGCUAGCGCACUGAAGAUCAACAACGCACUGCCACUCACGGAGCUGUCGUUAGGUGGUAAUCCGCUUGGUAACAUGGGCGGCAGAGCAUUGUUACAUGCUGCUGCAGCAUGUGCAGACAGUAAAAAGUUGUCAGUAGUACUGGAAGGAUGCAACUUCGACGCUUCCAGUGACGGGGACGGAUCUUUUGACCCCGCAGAUCCCACAGGUAGCUACGACUUGAACAUGGAGAUUCCAUACGAACGUGCAGUUGCACUGGAAUUGUUACGAGUGGCUAACACCAAGCAAGGAUGUAAGUUUUUAGCCGUCGCACACACUUCAGCAGUGAAUAAACUACGCCGUAACAUUCGCGUCGAGUUGCGUGAAACUCAGGAUGGUGUCGAAGCAAGACGUAAAUUACUCAAAACUGCUGGUAUUCUGACGGAUGUGGAGGCUCUUAGUGCUCGUGAAAUGGUGUCAAAAAGUCUGGAUCGGGAGUCGUUGGCAGAAUUAUUCCACGAACUAGAUAAAGAUGAUUCUGGGUUUAUUGAUGAGCACGAACUUCGUGCAGGUAUGAAGAAGUUGGGGUUGCAAUUCCAUGAUGAAGAUGUACCACGCUAUGUAGCACUCUAUGAUCUCGACGGUACGGGGACGAUUGAGUUGGAGGAGUUUGUGGAGUUAAUGGAAAGCUUUAACUUGGAUGAACUUAACGGAGGUUUCCACCGUGAAUGUGUGGACGUGGAGACCAAUUUGCCCUUCGAGAUCCCGACAGAGGGACGACUGCAAAUUGACUUUGUCGAUCUCCACGUAUCAUCAGGUAAUGACAGUGCACAGUCGGAUGCGAGUGUGGAACGCCUGAUUGAGAACAUCUCGAUGAGUAAGAAUAAGACCCAAAUGCUGUUCAUGGCGAAGACCGGUCUCAUCUUUAAAGCACACGAAGCACAGCAACUUCUCGAGGCAGUACGAGACGUUUGUGAUCCUCCUCAAGUGGUUAUAGCGUUGUUACCUCAUAUGGUGGACUCUCGUAACGCGUAUACGCUGAUCGAACACAACCUAAGUUCAGCCGAUCGACUACGUGUACAACAUCUUAUGGGUCAGGCCCUUCUACCCAUUCUAGGACUGGCAUCCGGUCAUUAUCGUAUCGAUCUGAGUAACGAUCUGGAUCGGGUAACUUUACGAAAACUUAUUGAGAAUAGUAAUCGUACUGCUUUUCUACGCAAGAAAAGUGGACUGAAAGACACGAGUCAGCACACUAACUACCACGGUUUUCGCAACGAGAUACUCCAUGGCAAACCUUUCGUUUUGGAGCCCAAAUUUCUGGAUUCAGCACCACGAUUCGGUUAUUUGGAGCUGGACUACGUGCAACUAGGACGCGCUCCGUGUCACGCACUCUCACAUAAACGUUUUGAACAAAUGCUGCAACUGUGUCAGCUAGAUCGAAUGGGAGCUGGAAUGGGGGUAGCCACUGCAGUGUCGAAAGCAGGCAAUAACGUCAGAAACUCGAUAUCAACGCCACCGAAUUCUUCACCGAUAAUCACCGAAUCGGGGUUCCCACCUCAACGCCCAUUCACUCGAAGAGUAUUUGAAGAAUACGAAAAGAUGAACACGAUCAAGAACUACAUUGACUUCGGUGCAGGUUUAAACCGAUCCAUUGAGCUGACUCCACUUCCUAGUGAACAAUCUAGCACCAAACUUGACACCAGCGAGGGCGAGGAAGGGAGUUCUCAUUCACCAUACUCUUCGGCGCGGGAUUACUCCGGCAACCCCAGCGAUCCCAGCAGCGCCAAACGUCUGCACCGCGCGCCGACUAUUAUUCAACAUUCAGUGGUGUUUGUCCACGCGAUGGAUCACUGUGAACCAGGCCAUUCGGCUAUUGGGAGCUUGGCCUGUCGCCUUCGAAACCUCCCGGUGUGACCUCGUGUGUACCAUUUUCGAUCGAAUCACGGAUCUCCACCAUUUCAGCGGCGUACUAUCGGCCCUCACGGAUGAUGAGG